GCUUCCUCUUCUCCCAAGAUGGCGGCGGUGGGGGGCGGUGGAGUGAACCCCUUCCUCAGUGACUCCGAGGAGUCAGACCCGGAGGAGACCAGGCCGGGCGGCAGUAGCAGCAGCGACCCCGGUGGCUCGGCCCCUCGGCUCCCGGCCCCUUCCUCCACCUCGGCUUCGCCACCUCUUCAGCAGCAACAGCCGCCCCCGCUGCUGUCGCCCCCGCCGCCGCCGCCUCUGCAGGCCGAGGAGCCGCCCCGGGUGCCCGUGGACGCUUUGGCGGCUCAGCUGCUGCGAGACCAGUUCGUGCUGACGGCGCUGGAGCUGCACACGGAGCUGCUGGAGAGCGGCCGGGAGCUGCCCCGCCUGCGCGACUAUUUCUCCAACCCGGGCAACUUCGAACGGCAGAGCGGAGGCGGCGCCGGAACCCCAGCCCCGACCCCGCCCGCCUCUGCAGCCCCUGGGAUGCUGGCGGUGGCUGGAGCGGGGAAGGAGCCUGGCACCGGACAGCUCCAUCGAGCUGGAAGCAUUAGCACGCUUGAUUCCUUGGACUUUGCAAGAUACUCAGAUGAUGGAAACAGGGAGACAGAUGAGCGGGUGGCUGUCCUGGAGUUUGAACUACGGAAAGCAAAAGAGACCAUUCAGGCCCUCCGAGCCAACCUGACUCAGGCUGCAGAAAAUGAAGUUCCUUUGCAGGAACGGAGAAAUUACAAAUCAAGUCCUGAAAUUCAGGAACCAAUUAAACCUCUUGAAAAAAGAGCUCUAAACUUCUUAGUUAACGAAUUUUUGUUAAAGAAUGGUUACAAGCUUACUUCAAUAACUUUUUCAGAUGAAAAUGAUGAUCAGGAUUUUGAGCUGUGGGAUGAUGUUGGACUGAACAUUCCAAAGCCUCCAGACUUGCUGCAACUCUACCGUGACUUUGGGAACCACCAAGUAACUGCAAAAGAUGUUGUGGACAUAGCAGUUGGCACAGAAGAAGAUGAAUUAGAGGCAACCACUCCUAUCCUGGAGAGCAUUCCUGUAUUUGGAACCCCAGAAUCAAUAGAGCAAUGUGUAAUGGUGCAGAAAUUGGAAGAUCAUAUUAAUGCGUUAAGCACUGAAAAAUGGUCUCUGCUAGAACAAAUACGAAGACUUGAAAGUGAAUUGGACUACUCAAGAAGUGAAAAAACUCUGAUUCCAGUGAUAUGCGAUUCAGUUCAUUCAUCUUUAGAUCAAGUGCCUCUCACUGUCCCAGAUGAUAAUGGGAGAUAUUUAGAUAUGAAGAGUUCAGCUAAUGAUGAUAAACAUGGAGAAACUGAAGAGAGAAGGAUUUUCACAGAACCUGAAUCAAGGACUUCUAAGGAGGGCACUGUAAUUUCACUCCCUUGUAAAGAGAGAGAGAAACUUCCAUCUUGUUCCCCAUCAAAUAAAGCAGCCAUACACUUUGAUAAACCCAAUAGGAAGUUAUCGCCUGCAUUCCAUCAAGCAUUGCUGUCUUUCUGUCAAAUGUCAGCAGAGAGCCGUUUGGGAUCAGAGGUUUCUCGAAUUGCUGAUAGUGAAAAAAGUGUCAUGCUAAUGCUCGGACGUUGUUUGCCACAUAUCGUCCCUAAUGUCCUGCUUGCAAAGCGAGAGGAAUUGAUACCACUCAUACUGUGUACAGCUUGCCUCCAUCCUGAACCCAAAGAGAGAGAUCAACUCUUACACAUACUGUUCAACUUGAUCAAAAGGCCAGAUGAUGAGCAAAGGCAAAUGAUUCUGACUGGGUGUGUAGCAUUUGCUCGGCACGUUGGACCAACACGUGUAGAAGCUGAACUCUUGCCACAGUGUUGGGAGCAGAUCAAUCACAAAUAUCCAGAGAGACGACUGUUAGUGGCAGAGUCCUGUGGAGCGUUAGCACCUUAUCUUCCUAAGGAGAUCCGUAGUUCGUUAGUACUUUCUAUGCUACAGCAAAUGCUGAUGGAAGAUAAGGCUGAUUUGGUACGAGAAGCUGUGAUUAAAAGCCUUGGAAUCAUCAUGGGGUACAUCGAUGAUCCAGACAAAUAUCAACAGGGUUUUGAACUACUACUUUCAGCUUUGGGUGAUCCCUCGGAACGAGUAGUUGGUGCAACUCAUCAGGUGUUCUUACCUGCCUAUGCUGCCUGGACUACAGAAUUGGGAAAUUUGCAGUCACAUCUAAUACCUACAUUGCUUAGUAAAAUUGAAAAACUACUCAGGGAAGGUGAACAUGGACUGGAUGAACAUAAGCUCCAUAUGUACCUUUCGGCUUUACAGUCCUUGAUUCCUUCACUUUUUUCACUCGUGCUGCAGAAUGCACCUUUCACAAGCAAAGCUAAGCUUCAGGGUGAAAUCCCACAGAUAGAAGUGACAAGGUUCCCAAGGCCUGUAUCACCUCUUCAAGAUGUGGCCACUAUAAUCGGAAGCCGUGAACAACUGGCUGUGCUGUUGCAGCUUUAUGAUUACCAGCUGGAACAUGAGGGUACCACAGGCUGGGAUACUUUGCUGUGGGUUGUCAAUCAACUGUUGCCACAGCUUAUAGAAAUAGUUGGCAAAAUUAAUGUAGCCUCGACAGCCUGUGUACAUGAAUUCUCAAGAUUUUUCUGGCGACUUUGCAGAACAUUUGGGAAAAUCUUCACGAAUACAAAGGUAAAACCACAGUUCCAGGAAAUCUUAAGGCUCUCAGAGGAGAACAUUGAUGCUACAGCAGGGAAUGGAGUGCUAACAAAAGCCACAGUUCCUAUCUAUGCAACAGGUGUACUUACUUGCUAUAUCCAGGAAGAAGACCGGAAGCUGCUAGUUGGAUUUUUAGAAGAUGUAAUGACGAUGCUUUCGUUAUCCCAUGCUCCCCUUGAUAGCCUGAAAGCAUCUUUUGUGGAACUGGGUGCAAAUCCAGCAUACCACGAGUUGCUGCUAACUGUAUUAUGGUAUGGGGUUGUCCAUACUUCAGCACUUGUUCGGUGUACAGCUGCUAGAAUGUUUGAGCUGUUGGUGAAGGGGGUACAUGAAACUCUGGUAGCUCAGAGAGUUGUUCCUGCUCUCAUUACUCUCUCCAGUGACCCUGAAAUCUCUGUAAGAAUAGCCACAAUCCCUGCUUUUGGUACCAUCAUGGAAACAGUCACUCAGCGAGAGCUGUUGGAAAGAGUUAAAAUGCAGUUGGCCUCUUUUCUGGAAGAUCCCCAAUACCAAGAUCAACACUCUUUACACACAGAAAUCAUAAAAACAUUUGGAAGAGUUGGGCCAAAUGCUGAGCCAAGAUUUAGAGAUGAAUUUGUUAUUCCACAUUUGCAUAAGCUCGCCUUGGUUAAUAACCAACAGUCUGCAGAUUCAAAAAGAUUGGACAUUGCUACUCAUCUCUUUGAAGCCUAUAGUGCACUCUCCUGUUGUUUUAUUUCUGAGGAUUUAAUGGUCAAUCACUUUUUACCUGGACUCAGGUGUUUACGAAAUGACAUGGAAACACUCUCACCAGAACAUGAGGUUAUUUUAAGCUCCAUGAUAAAGGAGUGUGAACAGAAAGUGGAAAAUAGGAGCGUCCAAGAACCACAAGGCUCUAUGUCAAUUGCGGCGAGUCUUGUGAGUGAAGACACAAAGACCAAGUUUUUGAAUAAAAUGGGCCAGCUGACCACUUCAGGUGCCAUGUUGGCUAACGUAUUCCAGAGGAAGAAAUAAAUUGAAAAAGGAAGUCCUUGUAAACACUGAGAGACCUCAUUAAGACUCGUUCCGUGUACUUGAAGUACUUGCCUUUUUAUUUCCCAUUUAUGUUCUUGUAGUAUAAUUUUACUCUAACCUACAAAGAUAUUUGCACUGCUCUUGAAUAUUGCUACAUAUAUGUUAAUUUUGGGUUAAAUGUGGUUGAUUAUAAAACUAAAUUAAGUCUGUAUCAAGUCCCUGUCCUGUGUUCUUGUCUUUCCAACAUAAUUGUUUUAUAUAUAUAAUGAAGAUUUUUUUUUAUUUCCUGACGGGUUCUCAGCUGAUAUCUGUAUUAUACAUGGAGCUGUUAUGAUGGUACUUAAAAUAAUGUAAAUUUAAAGUCACGGUCAUGAAGUAAUUAAAGUGGAGAUUACUUAUGUAUUUAAGUUAUAA